GUGGCCAGAUGAUGGGGCUGUGUCUGCUGCCUUUCUGCUGAGCAUGCACCGGGCGCCUGUGUCGGCCUCAGCUGCAGGAUUUCCUGGUUCCUCUACACCAGGCUCGUAAUCACGAGCUCCUCCUGUUGCUGUCAUUUCCUGCCGACCGGCGCUGCAGCGUCACUUCGAAGGAACUUUGAUUCCCCUGCUGCACCGACCAGCCUCGAACUGUUUGCUCCGCGGUUUCCCGGUAUGAGCCUCAGCAUGGAAGAAGUUCAGCAGAGGCUGGAACAGGCCGGCCAGCCUCACCUGCUGCGCUUCUGGCCGGAGUUCAGUGAGGAACGACAGCAGCGGUUCCUGCAGGAGUUGAGCCAGCUGGACCUGGGGGGUCUGAGGAGACACUGCGAGGAGGCGGUGAAGGCUGCGACGGCCCCUUCAGAGAGUCUACACCGCCUCAUCGAGCCGGUGCCUUCGGAGUUCAUCGGGAGCGUCCGGAGAAGCGACCAGAGGAGCCUCGAGGAGUGGGAGAGCCGUGGACUUCUCCAGAUCUCACAGAACCGUGUUGGAGUCCUGCUCCUAGCCGGUGGUCAGGGGACUCGCCUCGGUGUGCCGUAUCCUAAAGGGAUGUACGACGUCGGGCUGCCGAGCUCUAAAACCUUGUAUCAGAUCCAGGCCGAGCGGAUAUGCAAGGUUCAAGAGCUGGCCAACUCUAAACAUGGUUCUGACUGCAUUGUUCCGUGGUACAUCAUGACCAGUGAGUUCACUCUGGCUCCCACUGAGAAGUUCUUCCAGGACAACAACUACUUUGGCCUCCGACCCUCCAACAUCAUCAUGUUUGAGCAGAGGAUGAUCCCGGUCGUGACCUUUGAUGGGAAGGUUAUUCUGGAGAGUAAAGAUAAGAUCGCCAUGGCUCCAGAUGGUAAUGGUGGUCUCUACAAGGCACUGUUGGACAACAAGGUGCUGGAGGACAUGCAGAAGAGGGGUGUGGAGAAUCUCCACGUCUACUGUGUGGACAACAUCCUGGUCAAGAUGGCUGACCCUGUGUUCAUCGGCUUCUGUGUGAGCAAAGGAGCCGACUGUGGAGCCAAGGUUGUGGAGAAGGCCUACCCUUCAGAGCCCGUGGGUGUGGUCUGCAGGGUGGGAGGUGUCGCCCAGGUGGUGGAGUACAGCGAGCUCCCACCAGAGACGGCUGAACUGCAAGGUCCUGGAGGAGAGCUGAUCUACAACGCUGGAAACAUCUGCAACCACUUUUUCACCAGAGCCUUUCUCCAGGAUGUGGCAGAUAAAUUUGAAGGUCAGCUGACACAACAUGUUGCCAAAAAGAAAGUUGCUUUUGUGGACACGGAAGGAAAUCAAGUCAUACCCACCAAGCCCAAUGCCAUUAAGAUGGAGAAGUUUGUCUUUGACGUUUUUCCCUUCUCGAGGAACUUUGUUGCGUUUGAAGUUGUGAGAGAAGACGAGUUUUCACCUCUGAAAAACGCCGACAGCGCAGCCACAGACAACCCCACCACAGCCAGGAAUGCUCUGCUGACUCAGCACUGCUGCUGGGCACAGGCUGCAGGAGCCACACUGCUGGACCAUCAUGGGAACCCACUUCCUCCUGUAUCCAGUGGAACAGACAUUAAAUGUGCUGCAGCUCAGUUUGAGAUUUCACCGCUGGUGUCUUACUUUGGAGAGGGCCUGAAGCCACUGCUGGAGGGGAAGAAAGUGUCAACACCAUUCAUUCUGGAUGAAAAACAGACCAAAAAACUGCCAAGUGACUGACGACAGACAUUUCUGUGCAG